CGAAAAUGAUUCUUCAUCAUAUAAUAAUACACAUUCUUCAUUAUAUGUGUAGUGGGUACCAAAUUCAGAAAUAGCUAAAUCAGUAGCAAAAUCCCGCCAUAUUGUUGAAAUUUCGAAACUACUUUCUAACUAACUAUUUCACUCACUCUGUCACUCUCCCCGCUCAAUCCAAGAAGAAGCAAUGCAGCAUCACCACCACCACCUCCCAAUGUUCAUCUCCCUAACCCUCUCCCUCCUCCUCCUCCUCCUCCUCCCAACCACCGCCUCUCUCGGCGUCACCUACUCCAACAACCGCCAACAACCCCCACCUCCAGACCACAUCACCACCGCACUCCAAACCCUCAAACUCACCUCCAUCCGCCUCGAAGAACCUGACCCAUCCAUCAUGCGCUCCCUCCUCUACUCCAACAUCUCCAUCUUCCUCACCGUCCCCAACUACAUCGUCACCUCCUUCGCCAACAACCGCUCCACCGCACGCGCCUGGCUCUACACCCACGUCGUCCCGUACUACCCACGCGCCAAGAUCACCACCAUCUCCGUCGGUAACGCCUUCACCGAUGUCUACCCUAACGCCGCCGAUAAUCUCCUCCCGGCGAUCUCCAAUAUCCAGAUCUCCCUCCGCGACCUCGGUAUCCGGAAAAUCGCCGUCUCCACUUCGUUCUCAUUCGUCACCGCCGUAACUUCCCCCUUCCCGCCGUCCUCCGCCACUUUCCAAGAUCCCGCCGGCGUUAACCUCAUGGGGCCGCUGCUGCAAUUCUUGAGCGAUACGAACUCCUCGUUCUUGAUCAACCUCUACCCGUACAAUCUCUACCGCCUCCGCCCGGAGAUUCCUCUCGGAAUCGCGCUGUUUCAAGAACACUCGUUCAACUUCCGGGAUGACGUCACCACCGGAGUUCGCUACAAGAACCUCUUCGACAUGAUGGUCGACGCUGUUGCUUCCGCCAUGGCCGUCGCUGGGUACGAGACGAUUCCGAUUAUCGUGACGGAGACUGGGUGGCCGAGCUCCGGCGCCGGCGAUGAGUUUGAUGCGAAUUUGGGGUAUGCUGAGACCUAUUUGAGGGGUUUGGUGAAUCAUCUGAGUUCUGGGUCGGGAACGCCUCUGUUGAAAGAUGGGGUUCGAGAGGUUUAUGUGUACGAGCUUUUUGACAGGGAAGGAGCAACAACGGGUCGUGAUUGGGGGCUUCUGAACCCGAAUGGUACUGCCAAGUACCACGUUGAUUUCUCUGCUGCUUCAUCAGGUUCUUCCAUUACAGUGGCUCUGGUAAUUUUCUGGAUUCUGGUUCAGUUGGUCUGUAAUGAAUAGUGGAAUCUACUGACACUGUUUCUUAGUUCAGGUUCUUUGAUUUCAUAGUUUUCUUUCAAUCUGAGCUUGUUGGUUCAUAGUGUCAAUUCAGAUAUGGUGUACAUUUUGUUCCAAUUUUAGGGAGCUGUAGAUAUUGACUUGUGUCAACACUUUUAGAUUCAGGGGUUAGUUGAGUAGCUAUAUACAUUGUUUGUAAUCAGAAAUUGCUAUGUGAAGAACAAAAGAGAAAGAUGUUGAUGAUGGUCUUAUUCUGUAGAGACCUAUGUCAAUUCAAUUGUAUUCAAUUCUGUAAAAAGAUCAAUAUAGAUAGAUACCCUGAAUAUUGAAU